CUCACCGCCUUCUUUCUGAAGACGACGCGGUAGCCUUAGGUGCGGAGCGUGUUUGCGCCCGCUCCUGCUCCUGACUCACCGCUGUUCGCUCUCGCCGAGGAACAAGUCGGUCAGGAAGCCGCGCCGCAGCCAUGGCUUUUAAAGACACCGGAAAGACGCCCGUGGAACCAGAGGUGGCCAUUCACCGAAUUAGGAUCACCCUGACCAGCCGCAACGUCAAGUCCCUGGAGAAGGUGUGUGCUGACUUGAUCAGAGGAGCAAAGGAGAAGAAUCUGAAAGUGAAAGGACCUGUUCGGAUGCCUACCAAGACACUGCGAAUCACUACAAGAAAAACCCCUUGUGGUGAAGGUUCCAAGACAUGGGACCGGUUCCAGAUGCGAAUCCACAAACGGCUCAUUGACCUGCACAGCCCUUCUGAGAUUGUGAAACAGAUCACUUCCAUCAGCAUUGAGCCGGGAGUAGAAGUUGAAGUCACCAUUGCAGAUGCCUAAGCCAACCGACUGUCUUAAUAAAUUGACUACCACUUGUUAAA